AUGCACAGGUACGGCACAGACACUGGCUCCGAUGAUCACCUCGACCGCUUCGACGGCGUCGUCCGAGAACGGCUGCGCCGCUCGGUGCUUCGGGUGGUCGGAUCCGGUGCUCCGCCGUUGCGCUACCUGCUGGCGAUGGUGGGGACGCCUUCGGUGGCAGUGUGGCCGCAGUAUGUCUACUUGCGCAAUUCAGAAAAGGCGUGGUUUGCCACUAAGUGGCUAAUCGAUUUCUGGAAGCUUCCAGCAGUGGCGCUUUGGGCCUUCUGGGUUUUAGUUGCUUGCUGGAGGACAGGCGCAGCAGUGUCCCGACAUUGUCCGAUGUGGAUGGUGCUUGCAGGGAUGGAUUUGAUGGCUUGUUUUCUGGUUCCAGCAGUUUGGGUGCCAUACGAAGUGCUGAAUGAGAGAUAUCGAGACCCUGUGGUGUUGACGAUCUCCGUGGUCCUAUUUUGGGCAUUAAUUGUUGUGAUGUACGGCUUGCUGUACAAACAGAAGAAAUGCCGCGUUUGA